AACCGUUCAAUUUCUUUUGGUUUGCGAGUUUGCUUCCAGACAUUGUGCAGAAAUGGGAUUCACUUUGGUUGUAAUCAUUGCUCUAUUUACUGUGGCCAACCGGAUGGUAGUACAAGCUACUGAUCUGACAUGCGUGAUUGGACCUCAUCACAAAUCGUCUCCUUCACCUGAGCCCAACAUUACAGCAGACACUGCAUGUAGCCGAUAUUCCAGCCUUUCUUGCUGCACAGCUAACACCUCGCACUCAAUUGACCAACAGAAUGCGCGAGAGCUGUACAAUCGCCACUGGGAUGACUGCGGUGGGUUAACAACUGAAUGUGAACGCUACCUGAAAGCCGAGAUGUGUUUUUUCUCAUGCGAUCCGUAUGUUGGACAGUGGAAAACCUCGGAGAUGUUAUCAUUGCUUGAUGUACCUGUAUGCGCUUCUUCUUGUGAUAAGUGGUUCGACGCAUGCAAAGACGUGCCUGUUUGUGCGCAAAAUUGGAUAACAGACUUCAAAGAAGAUAACAUAACGGGUCGUUUUCAUUGCGUCAAUAAUACAUGUCGUACCUUUGCACAGAGGUAUCAAAAUGGCAAGGGAAUGUGUGAAACCGUAUGGGGAGAUGAAUUCCGAUAUGUUGCAGAUAACGAUAAUUGUAUGCUAAUUGACUUCACUGGUGACAAUCCUAAUGCAAACGUGAAGAAAGACAUCAGUGCAGCUCAUAGCUUUGAACUGUGGCAAAGUAGUCUGUCCUCUUUGCUGGCAUUCUUAUCAUAUAUUCUUCUGCAGUUCUGAAGAAAGAAACGGUUGGUCAGCAGUACCAGAGUGGAGACUUUUUGAUGAGAUGCAUGGUUAUGCACACGUGUAGAAGUCCACCCCAUAAUUUGCCGUAAACUGUUAUGUGUGGCAAUAAAUGACGUCUGUAGUGCAUCUAUGUUUCCCCUUCUGUCCUAUAACCGUAUUUCUUCGAAUAAACACCAUCUUUCAAUAAACUGUACUUCAAAUAAGCGCUUGCAUUUUCUGGUAGACGCGCAAGUUUAUCAUAUAUAUAUCAUUAUUAGAGGGCACUGGAUUUAG